ACCUCCCCGCCCGCGCGCCAGCCUGAUCCCGUUGCUUACGUUUGAGAGAUUCCGUCGCUGCCCACCUCCGUAGGCACAAUCCGGCUCCGGGUAUAAAUCGGGCUCCAGGAAUCAGCACCGUCACUCGCUCAGUCGCAUCGACUCACCGACUUGGAAACCAGAGCUUCAGCGGAGAUAGCAGGCAUUUCCUCACCGCCUCAGGCUAACUCGCUCUCGGCUUUGGUUCAGGAUGGAGACCCGCUCGACUACGCGGAGCUGCCGGCGUUCCAGCACUCGUACCUUCAAGAGUGGUCUGUCCCUGUGGCUGGUCCUGUGGCUGGUGCUGGUGAAGCCGGCCCCCGCCCGUGGGUGCCCGCGCCUGUGCGUGUGCUACCCCUCCCCCAUGACGGUCAGCUGCCAGGCGCAGAACUUCACCUCCGUGCCAGCUGGCGUGCCGUAUGACUCGCAGCGCGUCUUCCUGCAGAACAACCGCAUCACCGAGCUGCGGGUCGACUCCUUCGGCUUCCAGACUCAGGUGCUGUGGCUCUACUCCAAUAACAUCACCUGGAUUGAGGCGGGAGCCUUCAGUGAGCUGAGGGAGCUGGAGGAGCUGGACCUGGGGGACAACCCCCACCUGCACCGGCUGGAGGGCGGGGCCUUCCGGGGCCUGGAGAAGCUGCAGAGCCUGCACAUGCACCGCUGCCGGCUGGCCGCCCUGCCCCACGACAUCUUCCGCAAGCUCUACAGCCUGCACUUCCUGUACCUGCAGGAGAACCAGCUGCACUUCCUGCAGGACGACCUCUUCUCCGACCUGGUCAACCUCAGCCAGCUCUUCCUGCACGGCAACCGCAUCCGCACCCUCUCCGAGAACGUGUUCAGGGGCCUGGUCAACCUGGACCGCCUGCUCGUGCACGACAACCGCGUGCGGCAGGUGCACCGCAAGGCCUUCCGCGACCUGGGCCGGCUCACCAUGCUCUUCCUCUUCAACAACUCCCUGGCGGAGCUGCCCGGGCAGCCGCUGCGCGACCUGGGCUCCAUCGAGUUCCUGCGGCUGAACGGGAACCCCUGGUCCUGCGGCUGCGAGGCCCGGCCGCUCUGGGAGUUCUUCCGCCAGUCCCGCGUGUCCAGCUCCGAGGUGCUGUGCUCCUCUCCGUCCCCCCGCCGCGGCCAGGACCUGCGCUUCCUGCGCGAGAUGGACUUCGCCCUCUGCCCGCUGCCCGACCCCGGCUCCCUGGCCGGCACCACCACCACCACCUUCAGCACCAAGACCCGCUGGUGGUUCUCCAAGGCCAAGGCCGCCGCCUCCACCAAGUCCUCCUACGCCAAGACCUCCGAGGCCGUCAAGGCCUUCCCCUUCGCGGUCAAGCCCCUCCUCGGCCCCUCCACCUCCUCCUCCUCCUCCUCCUUCCCCUCCAAGUACGAGCUGGCAGAGGAGGAGGCGGCGCUGCCCAAGCUGGACCCAGAGGAGUACUGGGCCAACUAUGGGAACGAGGACGCCUCCUCCGUGCGCUGCUUCGAGCUGGAGUGCCCGCCCGGCUUUGACUCUCCCGGCCUUCCUCCCUCUUCCUCCUCCUCUCCCCUGCUCUCCUUCCUCUCUGUUUCCCUCUCCCUCCUCGCUUUGUCCAUUCAUCUACUCUUCGGCUGAGUCUGUCCUUCAGUCGGACACCCUCUCCUUCGAUGGGACGUCCCCUCCCACCGCCACCUCCUUUCUCCAAACUGUGCUCCCUUUCUUUCCUCUACGGCUUCUGCAGACCUGUACCUUGAUCCAUUUUUAAGGUUACCCCCACCCCCUACACCUCCAUAUGGGGGUGAUGCAGACACUAGAGGGCAGUAGGGAGACUGAGCUGGUGGGGCUCAUGGUAGAGAACAGAUACAGGUAGAGGAAGCAUAAAAUCAGUCAGCACUGGACUGUUACUGCUUUUUAAAAAAAAUUUUUUUUAGAAAAAGCUAAUCUAUCUACUGUUGCUGUUUAGCAUUUUAGUAUUUCAGCAUUCACAGGAACAACUCUGAUGUGUAAUAACAUCCCUGGUGCUGUCACCUGGGCUUUUUACAGCUAUCGCUAAUGCUGAUGCUAAUGCUAACACCAGUGCCACCUCUACAGCUAUGACUACUUCUGUUCUAUGCUUUUUUUCUUUUUGCUAAUGUACUGCUACUGUAAUGUACUGCAGCCGCUGUCGCCUCUGCUACUGUUAUUGCUAGUGCUAAUUGUUAGUUAGCAUUGAUGCUAGUUAGCCUGGCCUCGGACGUUGCCAUGGCGACUGUGCCAUGGCUGCCGCUGGCCUAGGGGUCAGGGGGUGGUGGAUGUUUCUGGAUUUGCCCUGGCGUUGCUGUAAGGCCGCUAAUCUCUUUCACGGGCAGCCAUAAGGCGUCUCCGAGGGCAACCAGUUUCCCACAGAGACCGUACUGGCAGCAGAACCUUAGCGCUAACUCCGCUGAUCUGCUCCAUCGCGCCUCCCCCUCGCCGCCGCAAAACAACCAUCACUGCUGUGCAACAGUCCAUUUACUGUAAAAAAUACACACACACACACACACACUCACACUCACACACACUCACACUCACACUCACACUCACACACGCACACACACUCACACACGCACACACACACACACACACACACACACUCACACAUCGUAUAGAAAGAGUGUGUCUGUUCUCAGGGCAGUGAAAGACAGCUUACUGUGAGAGAGGGCAGAAUGCUGCUCAGGGCUGUGACACUAGUACUGUACUUCACAGAGACACUCAACAUAUGCAAACAGAGAGAGAGAGGGAGAGAGAGAGAAAGAGCAAUAGCGAGAGAGGGAAGGCGAGAGAGAGAGAGAAAUAGCAAUAGCGAGAGAGGGAAGGCGAGAGAGAGAGAGAGAAAUAGCAAUAGAGAGAGAGGGAAGGCGAUACAGAGAUAUAGAAUCUGAGAAAUGUAGUAAGAUGAGGAUGGUGAAGAAAAGCGCUAAAGAGGAUUUGACAGACGGAGAGACAGGGGGAGAAAGAGGAGUAGAAAGAGAGGGAGAUCUGAGAGAGAGCAGAGAAAAAGGCUGAGUGUGAGAGACAGAGAGAGAGAGAGAGGCUGAGUGUGAGAGACAGAAAGUGUUUGCACACAAGCACAGCGAAGAGAGGGCUGGCCCGGAGAAACAGAGGAAAGCAGAAAAUGUGUUUUUAUAGAAACUGUCGCUCGUAAUUCUCAAUCCAUUCAUACAAAACACAUCUCACAUCUCAUAUGCUGUAAAUAUGGCUGUGCGUUCCUUUGUGUUUAGAGAGCAGUGAACCUGUGCAGGUGGAUGCAGUGUUGUAUGUUCUCUGAAAAAAAGGUGUGUGUGUGAGCUGGGACUGGACAGCCAGCUGAUUCAUAUUUUAUCAUUCUUGUACUUAUUCUUUAUGGAAAUACAGUAAACUAACUGUCUGUA